AAAAAAAACUUGACCCACCAAACAAUCAAAAAAAAUUGCGCAUUUGUAAUUUUCUCUCUCUGAAAUAAUGCGGAAGGAUGAACUGUACAUAACGGUGCCGAGUUUUUUCCGGUGUCCGAUUACACUAGACGUGAUGAAAUCUCCGGUGAGUUUAUGCACCGGAGUUACUUAUGACCGGAGUAGCAUCCAGCGGUGGCUCGACAGCGGUAAUAAUACAUGUCCGGCCACCAUGCAGGUGCUACAAACUAAGGACCUUGUACCUAACUAUACACUACAACGACUCAUCCAGAUCUGGUCUGACUCGGUCCGGACUCAGCGUUCCGAUACCGAGUCUAACCGAGUUAACUCUGUUAAUCACGAUCAAGUUCGUGAGCUAAUUAAACAGUUUGUAAACGAUUUCCGAGUUCACUCCGAGUUGGAGAUGAACUCGGAUCGGUUAUCGAAGCUCUUAGCCUUCUCAGAAGAAUCAGCUGAGAAUCUCCGAUUUGUGGCUUCUGUAGCGGCGGAGAGUGAUUUUCUCGCGAUUCUGACUUCGUUCCUUGUUCACAACCCUAAAAAUCUAAAAGUUGUGGAGAAAAUCGUACCUCUCUGGAAAAUGCUGCUGGUUGAACGAGGUUCCUUAUCGAAAAUCGGGAAAGCAAACGAUAUAUAUCCGGCGAUAAUAUUUGCUCUGAAACAUGGAAGUUCAAAGUUGAAAAUGGAGAUGUCAAAAGCUUUAGAGUUCAUCACAUCAACCGAUUCCGAAGCUAAAUCAUCCUUAUCAGAAAACAACGAUUUGUAUUCAGUUUUAUUGAGUUUUUCAACAAUCAAUUCCGAUUGGAAUCCCGAUUUAAUGGAAGUCUCUGUUUCCUGUUUAAUUUCUCUCGCAAUGCUUCGGAAAAACCGGGUGAAGCUUGUGAAAGCCGGCGCGGUGAAAUCAGUCGGAAAAGCAUUGUCCACGGCGGAGAUGGGAACCGGAUUAACGGAUAAAGUGUUGAGAUUAUUAGAACUGAUAUCUACUUGUAAAGAAGGAAGAUUAGAACUGUGUAACGACGGAGAUUGUGUACAAGCUAUAGUGAAGAAAGUAUUGAAAGUAUCAAACGAAGCAACGGAACAUGCAGUAACGAUUCUAUGGAGUUUGUGUUGCCUUUUUCGGGAUCACCGGGCACAGGAAUCGGUAGCGAAGAGUAACGGUAUGGCGAAGAUAUUGUUAUUGUUACAAAGUAAUUGCUCGCCGGCGGUGAGACAAAUGGCCGCCGAUUUACUCAAGGUGUUUAGGGUGAAUUCCAAAGCUGUUUCUUGUCUAUCUACUAGCUAUGAUACUAAAACUACUCACAUCAUGCCAUUUUGAUUGGGGGUUAAUUUUUUGUUGUUGAUAA